GGGGCAUUGAGUCAGAAACCUUUCUGAGGUAAACUCGUCCAGUUGCAAGAGGCUCACACAUCAUGGUGCUAACGGAGAACCUGACCUUAGCUUUUCGACCAACAACCAUCAGUCCAGCUGAUGACCAACUAUGUGUCUAGAUCCAUACAGUAGGUGCUACUAGGUCACCAACUAUUUCAGAUAGAGUUAGAGUUGUGUUACAUACCUAUACGCUCACGAGGGGAAGGUAUUCAAAGUCAUGGGGAACUCAGAGAGUGUGUGGUGGAUUGUAGUGGAGUUUGCCUGCAGGAUCCUUGGUGUUUCGACAGCAACAGAAUGACAGAAGGAAUGCUGCUCUGUGUCGUUUGUCGUCCAGCCUAAGAUGUCAGGCAGAGGGAAUGGUUAUCGACAGACAUCUAGUGGCCACUUCACAAACAAGCGUGUUGUGUGCUGUGGGAGUGGACACUCUACAACAGGGGGAAUUCAACAGCCUCGGCAUAUACCUACUAGUGUCAUCGGUUGCCAUCAUGACCUUUGAGAUGGCCUAUUUCCUGGACGCUCUCCUGUUCAUGUGUUUGCCCUGUCCUCCAAACUGGCAGCUGUUUGUGUUGUGGGGGAAGAUGGCUCGCAUUGGAGGCUUCCAUAAGUUCCUCUAUUACUCCAUCAUGUCAGUGGUCUGCUUCUUGCACCCUGUGUUGGUGUGGCACGCCAUUAUCCCAGGGAUAAUGCUUCUGGUGACCGCUUUUUUCAACUUCAUACUCAGCAAGAAAACAAAGAGCAAGUCUCACAAAAGGCCACAGGAGAGCUACGGCGACCAGGGCCUGCCCACUGUCUGCGUGGCACAGAGAGCAGGCUCGGACAGCACAGUCUCAUUCUUCAGCGCGGUGGCAGGGAGGAGAGGGGGGGGAGUGGCUCUCACAAGUGGAGACCUCUGCCUAGGCCUGGGAGAGAGAGGAGAGAGCGUCCAGGCCAUGCUGGAGCUGGAGGAGACGGCGGCGCCCAAAGAUGCAGACAGUGAGAGGAGGAGGUGGACAGAGAGGAGGUUGAUAAGCUUCAGGGGCAGGGAGGAGCCUGUGGAGAGAGAGAUGGAGGAGAUGGACGGAUACUGUGAGCCAGACACCACCUCAGACACUGCACCAAUGAUCACUGACUGAACGUCCCUCUGGGCUCAGACUAAGCUCCUUAUUGAUAUCACAUGAUGGAGAGCUUUUGUAUUGUUGCCACAUACUGACUGGGUGCAACUAGUUGGUUCUACACUUUUAUUUCCCUGAAAGUGCCAGGAUAAAAUGUGUGACCAGCCAAAGUAAGACUUUUGAGCAUUAAGUGUUCAGGCUUUGUGUUUCAUAUGGAAUUAAACAAAUAAAAUAAGAAGAUUUUUUUAAUGUUCUCCUGAUCUGUACAUUUUCGUACAAAAUUCUAAUUUGAUGUGUGAAAUCGAUGGUGUUUCAACAACAGUUUCAAAUGUGAAAGUUGAAAUAAAUGAAACCAUUUGUACUUUCA